AUGAAGUUCCUGUCAACGCUGCUGGGAAUUAAAGAUUGGCACGCUGAGCGAGAAGUAACGGCAAUGCUCUCCCAGAAGACACUAUUGAAAGCCAGUGGUUCGCCCAAAAUGUUACUCAUCACGCUCUGGUCGAGCUUGCUGGCGUUGAUAGCUCAAGGUGUCGCGCAAGAUUAUGGCACCUCACCCCCGGUCUAUCCCAGCCCCCCAAGCACCGGGAUUGGCUGGGAAGCAGCCUUCGCUCAAGCUCAGAAAUUCGUGUCCAACCUGACACUUGAAGAGAAGGCUCAACUGGUGACUGGUAUCGAUGGACCCUGUGUUGGCAACAUUGGCAGUAUCCCGCGGCUCGGAUUUGACGGGCUUUGUCUCCAGGACGGUCCUCUUGCCAUCAGACAAGCCACAUAUGCCUCGGUUUUCCCUGCAGGGCUCACGACUGCGGCGACAUGGGACAGGGCCCUCAUGAAUCUGCGAGGCCAGUACUUAGCAGCCGAGUUCAAAGACAAAGGGAGCCAUGUGGCUCUUGGGCCGGUUGUCGGCCCUCUAGGUCGCUCUGCCUAUGGCGGACGCGGUUGGGAGGGCUUCUCCCCCGACCCAUACUUGACUGGCGUUGCAGGAGAGGAGACCAUUAGGGGCAUGCAACAGAGCGGCGUCCAGGCCUGUCUCAAGCAUUAUAUUGGCAACGAGCAGGAAACGCAACGAAAUCCAGGGUUGUCUCCGUCCGGCAAAACAAUCGAAGCCGUCUCCUCCAACAUCGAUGAUCGGACUAUGCACGAGUUGUAUCUGUGGCCAUUCGCCAAUGGCGUCCGGGCAGGCACCGCUUCUAUCAUGUGUUCAUACAAUCGACUGAAUGGCUCCUAUGGAUGUCAGAACUCCAAGACGCUGAAUGGGUUGCUGAAAACAGAGCUAGGCUUUCAAGGCUACGUGAUGUCUGACUGGCAAGCAACGCAUGCCGGCGUACAUGCCAUCAAGGCCGGGUUAGAUAUGGAUAUGCCAGGGUCCAUUGGCAACUCGCGGAACAUCUCGUUCUUUGGUGGCAACGUCACUCACGCGGUUCACAACGGGACACUCGACCAGGAUCGCCUCGACGACAUGGUCAGACGGAUCAUGACGCCGUACUUCUAUCUGAACCAAAACGAAUAUCCGCCAAUCGACGGAACGGAGCCGACGCUCAACUCAGAAUAUCCGCCUUAUCAACAUCCAUUUAAGUUCGGGGCCUCUAAUGUGGACGUUCGAGACGCCCACGGUCCAUUCAUCCGCGGUCUUGCUGCUGCCGGAACAGUUCUGCUGAAGAAUACAAAUCAUGUCUUGCCCCUCAAAGCGCCGAAAACACUGGGUGUAUUCGGCAAUGACGCUGGUGACUUGGUAAAUGGACAAUAUCUCUUGACUUCCGCCUACCAGACUCCCUUCGGCUUCGAAUAUGGGACCCUUCCAGUUGCUGGUGGCAGUGGCACUGGUCGCCUCUCAUAUCUUGUCUCUCCGCUUGAAGCGCUCAAAUCACGCGCUGCUCUAGAUGGCACCCUCGUACAAUACAUCCUGAACAACGACCUGCUUACUCGGCCUAGUGGCCUCGGUGCGAUCCUGCCUGUCCCAGAAGUCUGCCUUGUGUUUCUUAAGUCCUGGGCCGCGGAAGGAAGUGACAGGGUCAGUCUCGAAGCAGAUUGGGACAGCUCAGCCGUUGUCAGCUCCGUUGCUGCAUACUGCAACAACACCGUGGUCGUCACGCACUCGGCCGGUUUAAACGUGAUGCCAUGGGCGAAGAAUCCCAAUGUCACAGCCAUUCUCGCGGCACAUCUUCCUGGACAAGAAUCUGGCAACUCCAUCGUUGACAUCCUCUACGGAGUGGUCAACCCGAGCGGUAAACUGCCUUAUACCAUCGCCUUGAAUGAGAGCGACUACAAGUUCAGCGACAUCACCAACUCCACUGCUUUGCUUCGGACCGAAAAUCCAAACGCGUGGCAAUCAAACUUCAGCGAGGGUUUGCUGAUCGAUUACCGGCAUUUCGACUAUUAUGACAAGUCAGUCCUAUACGAGUUCGGGUUCGGCCUGUCGUACACUACUUUCAAUCUGUCUGCUUUGAGCGUGGACAAAAGCAAUGCAACGAUCAAUGCUCUUCCAGAUUCUCUGCCAAUAGCCCCAGGUGGCAAUCCAUCGCUGUGGCAGAUAAUCUGCACGGUGACUGUCACGGUGACGAACACCGGCGAUGUGUUCGGCGGAGCGGUGCCGCAGCUGUAUCUGUCAAUGCCACCAAUUUCUGGUUCGAUGCACACCCCUCGCCAUGUGCUCCGUGGCUUCGAUAAAAUGUGGCUCGCGCCCAACGAAUCGCGGAAUACGAGCUUUCCAUUGACGAGGCGGGAUUUGAGCUACUGGAACGUCAAGCAGCAGAAGUGGGUGAUCCCUGAUGGGGCCUUUGUCGUAAACGUCGGGUUUAGUUCGAGGGAUUUGCGGCUGAAGGAGCAAGUGACUGUCGUGAGAUGA